GUGUUCUAACCUCACUCUUCUUGCCAAAUCGUCGUGUUUUCGGGGAAGUUUUUCUCCUGUGAAAAAUUGAUUUUCUCAGCUGAAAAAUGUACAGUUUGAAGCCGAUUGUGAGUGAUUUUGAUGUUGAAAAGCCUAAAAACAUGUACGUCAUCAAGGAAAUUAAUCCCCGUGAGGAGAAAGCUGAUAAAUUCCUCACAAAUCUCGAGACGAGUCUUGCAGUAGGAAAAGAAGGAGAUCUCGGUGAUUUGGAGGAGAAGCAGGAAAUUCUGUUGGAGAAAUUGAAGGAACUUAAGAGGCAGUUGGUGUCACUACAGGAUGGUUUGCCAUUGUGCAGGAAGCCAGCACAAGUUCCACAGGAAAGUGUCUUUCCCAAGGAUCUCGUGAUUAAUGUCAAUCCUGCCGCCAUCCCGUACAGCCUGCUGCUGAUGCUGAAACAGAAGAGAUCCCCGCUGACGUUCACAGUGAACUUCUACACACAUUCAACGGUGUCGCAACUUCCGGAGGAAGCCGCGGAAUUUGCCAAAGAGAUUGCUGGACUCAGCACGGGAAGUGGAACAAAGGUUGAGGUGAUCUGGAAAGCGGGGAUGCCAACGAAUUUCGAAGUAAUCAUCAAUCCAACAGCUGUCUUCUGGGGCGAAGGGAACUUCAUUCGCUACCUCACCCGGCUGGGAGUGCUGGAGAAGGGUCAGGAGGGCGAUGACAUCCUCGUGGAUAUGUCCCAUCAGCUUCAGGCCAUCGGGGAGGACAGGAAGGAGCAGGCAAAGCUGGCAGAUCGUCUCAUGGGAGCCAUGAGGAAGCAGAAAAUCACGCAGAGUGUGGAUUUUGCAACGUACUCAGCUCUACGGAACUUCCGGAAUGCCACAAAGAGUGGCAAAGUUGAUGGUGUCCUCAAGGAGAUUGAGGGGCGCCUCUAAAUCUCAUCACAAACUCAUGACUUUAUGUGAAAAUCCUUUAAUCACACCCAGAAUGAAAUAAAAACUGAAUUUUCUCUCAAGAA